GCCCUCCCCUCGCUGGCACCCACCGGAGCCCGAUGCGGCUCCGGCCGGGCGAGCGGCCACGGGAGCGCCCGGCGGCGGGGGAAGGGGGGCCCGAAGGGGGACGAGGGGCAGAACCCCCCAAACUUGCCUCUUUCCCCAAGGCUUCUGCACCCCUUCUUUAAUUUUAUUUGCGAGCACGAGGGGGUGCACCUCCCGUCUUUAGUCCGGGGCGUGGGGGAACAGAGGAGGCGGGGACUCCUCUUUGCAUGCUCAUGGCCGGGUCCCCCGUCUCACAGCCCCCGCAGGGGGGCAGCGGGUGAGCCCUGGCCGCCCCCCCGGCCCCGCUCCCCCCAAACUUUGCCUUCGGAUGCGGGGACUCCGCCGCCGAGCUGCUCCUGCCGCUGAUUAAUUGUAUCUGCCUGGGAUUAAUUAUUCACCCGCCUGCUUUGGGUUGUGUUUUUUUCUUACCAUUGGGUUUUUUCCUGGGGGGAGCGCUUUAAUUCAGCUUUUUUUGUUUUUGUUUUUUUUUUUUUUUAAGAUCUUGGAGAUCUUAUUUUCAUUCUUGUGCACGGGGGGGGGCUGGCAACCUGCUAGCCCUGCAGCAUCAUCCUUCAUCAGCACAUCUCUUAGAUUUUUUUUCUUCCGGGAGGGGGUUACACGUGCUCUUCUCUUCUCCCCCCCCACUCCCGGCUGCUGAGGAGGAAGAGGAGGAGGAGGAGGAAGAAGAGGAGGGGAACCCGCCCCCGCCGGCUGGGCGCUCCCCCGGUCGCCCUGCAGGCACUGGGGGGGGGGGGGGGGGGUUGCGGCAGGUUUGGGGUGCGGGUGGGGAGGGGUGGGGGGCCGGAGAUGGGGUGCUGUGCUCCCUGAGCUGGGGGGCGCAAAGCCGAGCCCCCGCUAACCUGAGCUGGGCCCCCCCCCUCCCCAAAUUCCAGCGUUGGGUGCUGCUCCCGGCUCGCACGUGGUUGGAUUUAGGGGAUUUCUGCGGUUUUUUUGGUGCUUGGUUUGGAUUCCUUUUUUUUUUUUUUUUUUUUUGCUACGGGGGUGGCUCGGGGUUUCCCCGGUUUUCCGGCUGCCCCCCACCUUGCAAUGGCCUCUCCGGAGAAGAUGCACCCCGGGCCGGCCGCCCUGCUCUGCUGCCUCUGCUCCCUGCUGCUCCCCGCCCACGCCAAGGGGCCAGCCCCCAGCUCCAAGCCCGCCGAGCCCCCUGGUGCCGUCAUGCUGCCUGUGAGCUAUCGUCUGUCCAACACCCGCUUGGCCUUCUUCCUCAAGGAGGUGGGAGCCAGCCCGGUGGGCAACGGCAGUGCCCCACUACAACGCGCCGAGCCCUUCGUUGUCUUCCAGACCAAGGAGCUGCCUGUCCUCAAUGUCACCCUGGGGCCCUUCAGCACAGGGCUGGUGCUGCCCAAAGAGCAGCUGCAGCCCUCCAGCACCCUGGAGGUCCCCGACCGCCUCACCGUCAACUGGAAGGUGCGCGCCUUCAUCAUCCAGCCCCGGCUGGUGGCCAACCAGCCUGUGGUCCAAGUGCUCUUCUAUAUAGCCGGCCGGGACUGGGAUGACUUCGACGUCACCGACCGGCUCCCCUGUGUGCAGCUCCACGCUUUCCGUGACGCCCGUGAGAUCAAGAGCUCGUGUCGCCUGCGGGGCAGCUUGGCCACAUGCCUGGUGCAGGCAGAGCUGCCCCACGCCUGGUUCAGCCCCCCGGCCGUGCCGCUGGGCAGGCGGAAGAGCCCUGAGAGCCUGGAGGUGCCGGGCGAAAGCCAGCAAGCCGAGCUGUACUACACCCUGCAUGCCCCUGAUGGGGCCGGCCAGUGCCUUGGGGAGACAGCGCCCCGCCGCGGGGCCGGGGGGGCCAGGACUGAGGGUCCCACGCAGCACCCGCUGCUGCGUAUUGGCAGCGUCAGCCUCCUGCAGCCCCCUCCUGGGCAGCCCAUGCAGGAGCAUCGGCUGGACAGCAACGUCUUCAUCCGCCUGCCUGACAAGCCCCUCAAGCCAGGCGAGGUGCUGAGCAUCCUCCUUUACCUGAUGUCCAACUCCACGGUGGAGCACUUCACACUCAGGGUGAAGGCCAAGAAAGGUGUCAACCUGCUCAGCACCAAGUCGAGGAGUGGGCAGUGGCUGGUGAGCUCUGAGCUGCUGACGGGCGGCAAGCACUCCACCGCCACUGUUGAUGUGGCCAGGGCAGACAGUGCCGGGACCAGGGAUGGUGACUCCUCCUCUGAGAUCAUGCAGCUGGAUUUCGAGAUGGAGAACUUCACCAGCCAGUCAGUAACGCGCCGCAUCAUGUGGCACAUCGACUACCGGGGCCGCAACCCCCCGCCCGACCUGGAGAAGGUGGUGACGGAGCUGACAGUCAUCCAGAGGGACAUCCGGGCCAUCGUGCCCCUGGCCAUGGACACAGAAAUCAUCAACACGGCCAUCCUGACAGGGCGGACAGUGGCUAUUCCUGUGAAGGUCAUCGCCAUUGAGCUUAGCGGCAUCAUCGUGGAUGUCUCAGCUAUGGUCGAAUGCAAGUCCAACAACGAAGACAUCAUCAAGGUCUCCAGCAGCUGCGACUACGUCUUCGUCAGCGGGAAGGAGUCAUGGGGCUCCAUGAGCGCCCGUGUCACCUUCACCUACGAGCACCUCUCUGCCCCACUGGAGAUGACAGUGUGGGUGCCAAAACUGCCACUGCACAUCGAGCUCUCAGAUGCCCGGCUGAGCCAAGUGAAGGGCUGGAGGGUGCCAAUCCUGCCGGACAGGAGGUCGGUGCGGGACAGCGAGCACGAGGAGGAUGAAGAGGAGCGGAAGCAGAGCCGGGGCUGUGCCCUGCAGUACCAGCACACCACGCUGCAGGUCUUCACCCAGUUCCACACCACGGCAGCGGAGGGCACGGGGCAGGUGGUCACCAUGCUGGGGCCCGACUGGCUGGUGGAGGUCACCGACCUGGUCAGCGACUUCAUGCGCGUGGACGACCCGCGGGUGGCCCACAUGGUGGACAGCUUCACGCUGGCUGGGAGGGAGCCGGGCACCACACUCUUCAAGGUCGUGUCCCCGCUCAUGGAGGCGGUGCUGGGGGAGACACUGGUGACAGUGGCAGAGGAGAAGGUCAGCAUCACAGACCUGAAGGCCCAGGUGGUCUCCAGCCUCUCGCUGUCCCUCCACCCCAGCCCCGGCAACAGCCACACCAUCAUUGCCCGGACAUCCGUGCAGCAAACCCUCAGCUUCCUCAAGCAGGAAGCGCUCCUGAGCCUGUGGAUUUCCUACAGUGAUGGCACCACGGCCCCCCUCUCGCUCUAUGACCCCAAGGACUACAACCUGGUGGUGAGCAGCCUGGACGAGAAGGUGGUCUCGGUGACCCAGGAUCGAGCCUUCCCCUUGGUGGUGGCAGAGAGCGAGGGCGCGGGGGAGCUGCUGCGGGCCGAGCUGGUCAUCUGCGAGAGCUGCCAGAAGACCAAGCGCAAGAGUGUACUCUUCACAGCCUUGGCUAGUGUGCGGGUCCACUUUGGGUCUGAAGAGGACCCCACCUAUGACUACGACCAUGUGUCCAGCAAGCUGGGGCUGGCAGAGACAGGGGCGAGCACCACCCUGCGGGCAGAGGUGGAGAGGAAAGCAGAGCCAAGUGAGGACAGUAGGAUGUCCAGUGCAUCUCACCCCACUGAGGACUUCCCCACUAUCCCCACUGGCUUUGUCCAGGUGACCAGGGGGCUGACGGACCUGGAGAUAGGCAUGUACGCCCUCCUGGGGGUCUUCUGUCUGGCCAUCUUGGUCUUCCUCAUCAACUGCAUUGUCUUUGUGCUGAAAUACCGGCACAAACGCAUCCCACCUGAAGGCCAGACCAACAUGGACCAUUCCCACCACUGGGUCUUCUUGGGCAAUGGGCAGCCCUUGCGGGCUCACAAUGACCUCUCCCCCCAGCCUGAGAGCCCUGGGAACCCCCUGGAAAAUGUCCAGACCUGCUGCCAUGGGGACCACCACAGCAGUGGGAGCUCACAGACCAGUGUGCAAAGCCAGGUCCAUGGUCGCGGGGACGGUUCCUCGGGGGGGUCCACGCGGGACCAGAGCGAGGACCCACUCAACUCGCCCACCUCCAAACGGAAGCGGGUGAAGUUCACCACCUUUGCCACGCUGCCCUCUGAUGAGCUGGCCUACAACUCCAUCCCCAUCGCUGAUGAGGAGGACUUGGAGUGGGUCUGCCAGGACAUGGGGCUGCAAGAUCCCGAAGAGCUUCACAACUACAUCCGCAGAAUCAAAGAGAUCGCUUAAUGCAGGGGCAGAGGGGAUGGGGCGGGAGGGAGGGAGCUGCCACGCCGUGCCACGCCACGCCACGCCAUGCCACACCAUGCCGGCUGCUUCCCCGGGGCUGGAGAUCCAAAUUUGGUUCUUUCUUGUGCAUUCCCUCUUCUGCACAUCUCACGUCCUCCUCACCCCCUUGGAAGGCACCCCGGGGGCCUUUUUCUUUUCUUGCCCAUUAGCAUAUGGUUUUCCCAGGGGAGGCAUCAGCACAUGAGCAGCCCCCCCAGCCUGCUGGCCUGUGGUGAGGGGGCAGCAACGGAGGCGAGCUGGUGGGCAAGGAGAUGGAUGGGGUCAAAACCUUGGUGUGCGUGUGUGUGUCCAAUGGCAAACAGCGCAGGACGAUGCUGUGGGUCCUGCUGUGCAGAGGGAGGAAAAGAGAUGUCCCAGGCCCCCCGCAGGAGCCCAGUGGGGAGGUGGCAGGUGGGGGCUUCCCGAAGACAACCCCCGCUGCCUUCACUGCACUCGGUUGCACAAUUUUGGAGGUGAGUGCUGGUUCAGGGAUUCACUGCCUCAUGGGUGUUGGGGUAUUGGGGAGCUCCCCUAGCCGGAGCCUGCUGCCCCACACUGUGGGUGAUGCUGGGUGAGGCAGGAGAGGAGGGGGGGGCUGCAGACCCACAGCUACAGCUCCGGGGCACCGCUGUCCCCAUCACCCACUGUGUCCCAGCCCCCAGUGCUGGUCUCGCCCCGCUCUGUUUGGCGUGGGUCCUGCAGGAUUGCAACAGUAAAGUUUGCCACAGGAGCAUCGCUUGGGGACCACGGCAUCUGCCUCUGCCCCCUCUCCCCACUGCUUGGAAAGAGCUGUGGCCCCCAGGCAGGGUCAGUUUGGAGGUGCCAGCAAGCCUGCCCUUGAAUCCCCCUAUUCCCAGCUGUGGGGCCAGCACUGGGCCCCCCCCACCCUCAGCAGCACUGCUGGGACCUUCAGGGCCAUCCCUGGUUUCCAUCCCCCCAGUGCCUGGAUGCUGCUCUGGGGCUGAGAGGUGGUGGCAGGGGCCCAAGCCUGGGUGGGGACACCCACAACCGGACCUGGUCCAGGUCUCCCAGUGCCAGCCCUGUUCCCUGAGUGCCAGCCCAGCAGGGAUGCCCAGAGCCAGGCUCAGCCUCCGUGGUGCCUUCUGACUGCCAUAACUCAAUGCCUCCCUGGUCACCCUGUGCUGGCGGCAGCUCCCAGCAACUCUGGCAUACCCAAUAGGGCCCCCCAGCCCAGGGCCACCCCAUCUGCCGGCCCCAAACUCAGCAUCCUCAACCAGGUUAACCCUGUGGGGACAUCCAGGUACCAGGGCUGGCAGGCUGGGGGUCCCAGGCUGUGCCGUUGUACCCGUGGGUACCGAGUCCAUGGGAACCCGCCCCCCCCCCCCAUCCCCCCCAGCAUCACCUGGUGGAGGCAGGAGGCAGAGGCUGGCAGUGGAUUAUUUUUCUGGAUUGGAAGUUACCCACCACUGUGUCUCUUUUAUUUUUUUUUUCUUAAAUAAAAGACCAGAAAAGAAAAAACAACCGAACAAAAAGCCGAAACCAAAAGGCUUUGAAGCACUGUGAUGGGCCGUAUCUCUGCCGCGGUACCGGGGUUGGGUGCUUCCAGCGGUUUGGGGUUUAGCCCUGGUGGCCGUGGGGUCUGCUGAGGUGGGGGAGGACAUGCUGCCAGGGUCCUGGGGCAUAGCUCAGCUUUGACCCUCACCUAAGCUCUGAGCACUUUGGUAUCAAAGCCGUGGAUCUGGGGCUCCUCCCUCUAGAAUCCGCCCCUCCUGGGCAGCCUGAUCGCAGGCCAGUGGUCAGGGACCAGGCACUGCUGCGGCCCCAUCCUGACCGGCUCGCGCGCCUCAGUUUCCCUGGCAGGCAAGCAGCAGGCCGUGGUGGUGCGAAGUGUUUUGAAAGCCUCUUUAAAGAGUUUAUCAAUUUUGGCCUAUGAAAAUUUCUCCCCCGAGUGGCCUUAAAACUUACUUGAUAGCUCUAUGCUGAUUUUUUUUUAUAUAUAUAUAUAUGGGAGAAUUGAGAUGCGCUCAAAGGCCAGACAGAUGAUGCAGUUAGGUUUUACUGUGCUCUGUUAUCUAAAGGACCCAGGUCUGGCUGAACAAGCUGCUGAGCUGAUAGUGGCUCUGAGCAGUAAAAUUAAUACAGUCAACUUCCCUGCUUCAAACUGCCAAACCUCCUCGUUAAAUUAACAUGUAUGAAUAUUUGUUAAAAAAAAAAAAAAAAAGGAAGGGGGGGAAGGUAAGAAAAGUCUAUAAUAAAAUUUUAUAAUUGUAAUAAGAC